AUGUCUUCUUCGAUCGAAGAUGCCGCUGUUGCAGUGCCUUCUACGAAGACCACAAGUACUCGAUCAACUGAAAACGAUAUGGAAGAAGAGACCAAGAUGCUACUGCACGAUGAACGUUCAUCCAUCUUUGAGUCACGUAUUAAAUGUGCCGAUCUCUGUCGUCAACGUGGCUCCAUGUAUUUCAAAGACGGGGACAAAAACAAGGCAGUGGAGUGGUACCAACGUGCACUAUACCACGUGGAUUUUGACGAAGGUUCGUGGACAUUCGAGUUUACGACCAAGAAUCAAGCAGACGUGAAUAAAGUGAGACUCCCAGUGUAUUUGAAUCUAGCAGCUUGUUUUUUAGUUCAAGGAGCUUCAAUGGAUGACGAGAAGGAUCAAGAAUUGUUGGCACAAGUGGUCAAGAAUGUUAAUUUGGCACUUGCAAUUGAUCCAGAGAAUGACAAGGCACUGUAUCGUGGUGGACGGGCAUUAUUAUUGAUGGGAGAUCUGGAAGGAGCAAAGGAAAAACUCACGAAAGCAGCGAAACAUCACCCAAUGGAUAAAAAGAUACGUGAAGCGAUGGUCGUAUUGAUGGAUAAAUUAGAUGAGCACAAGAAAGAGGAGAAGGAACGUUGGGGUGGCCGUCUACUUGAUGAGAAGAGGACAGAUGGGAGUAAGACCGCUAACAAAGUGCAACAACAGCAACGAAAUGAGUCCAGCAGUAACACACUGUGGAUGUUCGCAGUUGUGCUUAUGGGUAUCGCUUUGGCUCUGGGUCAGCUUAGCUUUGUCGAGUAG